GCGAGCCCCUUGUUGCACGGCGUUGGUGCGGAGGUGCUGCCGGUGCCGCGGCUCGCCGUGAGCCGGGCGCGGGCAGGGCCAGCGCUGCCCUCCGCCGCUCAGCCCGGGCCUGCAGCGCUCGCUGCGUCCCCGCCCCGGGGCACCGCGAGCUUGCCCACCCCGGUGCUCGCCUUAGAGUUUGAUGCCGUAGUGCCGCUUCUAAAACGCGUGCAAGGACGCUUUUAUCAAUGCUCCAUCAAGCUGGGAUCGUCCUCGUUGCACGUCUCGUUCUGCACUGUGUCCUUCGUGGUGCAGGUGCAAACGUGCAUAAACCUCACCCUAAGUCAGACACUUGCAGGGUGUCCUGAGCUGGAAGGGACUCCUGGGCAUUGAUUCAGCUCCUGUCCCUGCACGGGACACCCCAGCAAUCCCACCCUGUGCCUGAGAGCGUUAUCCAGGUGCUCCUGGAGCUCUGGCAGCCUUGGGGCUGUGACCGUUCCCUGGGGAGCCUGGUGGGUGCCCAACCACCCUCUGUGCCAAGAACAGUGCAGAAGUAUCAAUGCAGCCACUGAAACUUCCCUUUUUAUUGUUCUCUAUAACUGGCAUAUGGUGCCAGCACCUCAGAAAGUAAUAACCCAAGAAUUGGAAGUAAAAAAUGAUUAUUUGAAAAGGACCUUUCAGGCAUCGGCGAUGCUUGGAGUUCUUUAGUUUGCAGCCUUUUGUAUCAGUGCAGCCGCAGGCAUCCACAGCCACGCACUCGUAAUCCCGAGCAAGGGGCUGGAUUUGCGUUUUGUUGCCAUUGAUUUCAGCAGGUUUUGAGGCCGUUCAGCAUCUGUUCAGGAGGCUAUUAGAGAACUGUGAGCUGUAAGAUGCUCUUCCCAGCGGGUGGGUCGGCUGCCGAGGAGCUCUGUGCUGUUGGGGCUCAAUUGCUGCUGAGCUCCUGUGGUCUGACAGGGGAAAUGUCUCACUGAGCAAUUGCCAGAGAGACUGGGAUGCAGAAUUUAACCUCUUUUUUUUUUUUUCACCAUGAGCAAUUCACACUAUUUCUGCGCUAAAAGAAAACCGUGUAAUGACGAUGAACUCCCGAGGAGAACGAAGUGUGCCUUUGAAAAGGCAGGCUGUAACCAGCAUGGAGUUGUAUGGAACUGUAUGGAAUGGGUUGGAAGGAACCUUAAGGAUAUCUAGUUGUGUUCAGCUGCAGGGUGCCUGACAUAAGGAUGUGGAGCUGCUGGAGCCAGUCCAGAGAGGCCACGGAAAUGCUCCAGGGCUGGAGCCCCUCUGCUCUGGAGCCAGCCCCGGAGAGCUGGGGUGUUUAGCCUGGAGAAGAGAAGGAUCCAGGGAGACCUCAGAGCCCUUUCCAGUGGCUAAAGGGGAUCCAGGAGAGAUGGAAAGGGAGGGGAAUGUGUGCAGACUUAUAAAAUCCUGGGGUUUGUGUGAUGCUGAAAUCCAGAUUAAUGGGUAGUGAGAAAGAAGGUGGCCCAUGUCUGCAGGUACACGGAUUCUGGAGUUGCUGCUCGGUGUUCAAACAGGAGCAGGUGUCUAACCUACCUUGUGGACACGGUGUGGAAAUCCUGUCCUGCCUGGGGUUAGCCAGGCGUGUCUGACCCACGAGGAGUGAGUGACACAGUCUGACGCUUAUUCCUCAGGGUCAGCCCCUUGUUUCUGCUCUGUUGUCACCAGUUCUUUUGGAGUCGUGGUUGCAGCUCACAGUGCUGAGGAGCUGCAGCCAGCUGCGGGUGCCGCUGCGAUGGAGAGGCCAGGCCCCGGCGGCCGCGGUGACCGAGAGCGCCAGGCCGCGGCUGCAGCCGCAGGAGCGGAAACCUAAGACAGGAAUCUUGAUGUUGAACAUGGGAGGCCCGGAGCGGCUGGAUGACGUCCACGAUUUCCUGCUGCGUCUCUUCCUGGACAGAGAUCUGAUGACCCUUCCAGUUCAGAAUAAGCUGGCCCCGCUCAUCGCCAAGCGCCGCACCCCGAAGAUCCAGGAGCAGUACAGCAGGAUCGGCGGCGGCUCCCCCAUCAAGAAGUGGACGGCGGUGCAGGGAGAGGGCAUGGUGAAGCUGCUGGACAGCAUGUCUCCUCGCACUGCUCCUCACAAGUACUACAUCGGGUUCCGCUACGUGCACCCGCUGACCGAGGAGGCCGUGGAGGAGAUGGAGAGGGACGGCGUGCAGAGAGCCGUCGCCUUCACCCAGUACCCCCAGUACAGCUGCUCCACCACGGGGAGCAGUUUAAAUGCCAUUUAUCGCUACUAUAACCAGAAAGGGGAGAAGCCAAAGAUGAAGUGGAGCAUCAUUGACCGAUGGCCCACACAUCCCCUGCUCAUUCAGUGCUUUGCUGAUCACAUCCAGAAGGAGCUGAACCUGUUCCCCCCGGACAAAAGGAAAGAGGUGGUCAUCCUCUUCUCAGCCCACUCGCUGCCCAUGUCUGUGGUGAACCGCGGGGAUCCCUACCCUCAGGAAGUGGGAGCCACUGUGCAGAGGGUCAUGGAGAAGCUCAACUACUCCAACCCUUACAGGCUGGUGUGGCAGUCCAAGGUUGGACCAAUGCCCUGGCUUGGUCCCCAGACAGACGAGACCAUUAAAGGCCUGUGCCAGCGAGGGAAGAAGAACAUGCUGCUGGUCCCAAUAGCCUUUACCAGUGACCACAUUGAGACACUGUAUGAGCUGGACAUCGAGUAUGCCCAGGUUUUGGCCAACGAGUGUGGAGUUGAAAACAUCAGAAGAGCGGAGUCUCUCAACGGAAAUCCGCUGUUCUCCAAGGCCCUGGCAGACCUGGUGUGCUCCCACCUGCAGUCCAACGAGGUGUGCUCCCGCCAGCUGACCCUGUGCUGCCCUCUCUGCGUCAACCCCGUGUGCAGGGAGACCAAGGCGUUCUUCAGCAGCCAGCCCCUGUGAGCCGCGCCCCCGAGCAGCCGGGCUGGGGCCGCCCCUUGCGGGGAGCUCUCUGAUGUGUGCUUGGAGAAGAGUGGCAGGAGGUAGGGAGGUAUUUAUCCUGGCAGGAGAGAGGAGAUCUCGUGUCGUCCGGCCCCGGCAGGACUCGCUGAAAAACCUUUUUAUACAAUUGGCUUCUGUUUCUAUGCAGGGAUUUACUCGUGUGCAGGGUGGGCACGAGUCAUUAACUUGCCAGGUCGAAGGUACACUUAGUUUGGUUUUGCUUAAGGUGCAGUCUGAGCAGCACAGUCUGUUGUCUGUUCUGCAGCUGGCUUUGGAGACUUUGGAGAUCAAGUUCCUUCUAAUGCUUUUUAAUAAGGUGUGUAUGUAUAUUUUAUUUUUUAAUUUUUUAUUUUUUUUAGAGCAUGAGAUAAGGCUUUGUUUUGGUUUGGUUUUCUCCUGCCGGAAACUUCCCGUGAAAGCUUAGCUGGGAUAGUAGAACGCACAAAACUUGUUUACAUUUUCUAGGAAAAACAUUUUCAUUAUCUGCAGAAAAUGAUUUGAAGAGUAUAAAUUGAAAGGAAUUAGCCUGCUUGGGUAAUACUGGAAAACUGCGAGUUUCAAGUCUAGCAGGAGCAUGUGUGGAAACACGUUGGUGUAUCUGUUAAGCAGAAUGGCUUUUAAAAUUCUUCUUAUUUUUAUUAAAAAAGGGCUUUUUCUGUUCGGUGAAGUAAAUUUAGGAAGUCAGGCUUGUUCUCCAGGAGGUUUAUAGAUCCACUCUGUGCUUUCUACUGUGCCACAGUACUGUGGCUUUGUGGGAUACCUGUGGAGUGCCACAGGUAGGAUUGAUCUGGCUUCAUUGCUGUUACUGAAACAGGAGCUGAUCAGUCAGGAGUCAUUCAGAGCUUCACAUGCCAGGGGCUGGGGCUCUCCUGAGAGGCUGCCAGCCCACAGCAGGGACAGCUGGCACUGGCAGUGCCCCGGGGCACAGGGUCCCCUCCUGCCUGCCUGCGAAGCUGUGACAGCGGCACCGAGCCCUGCGGGUGACAGCCCCGCUGGCACCUCCUCGGCCACGCGUUUACUUGAUGUCCUUAGCACUGAAAUGCCAGGAGCUGGGCACUGCAGGCUGCUUCCUGGGAAUUGCUGGUGGCCGCUCAGCCAGGUUGAUCUGCUCAGGUAACCGUGAGGCAGCAGCAGUUUGGACCUCUGGUCUUUAGAGAGAGUGUGUUUAAAGAGAGAAGAGGCCUCUUGUGGUGUAUCAGGGGUUUGUCCCGUUCUGUUUUGUUGUUGGAAUUGAGGAUGGGGUGCUGAAGGAACGGAUGGAUCCCGUGCUGAGCACCUGUGCAGUGCUGUAAAUCCCCAGUACCUGUGGAGAGCUGCUUGCUCCAUUUUCAUACCUGCUUCCCAGGGUGAGACAGACUGAGAUUCCUUCAGUGCCAGAGCCUCCUGCACUGAACCCCCUGUUCCCCUCAGAAAGAAGUCUUCCUUGGCCCUUCAUGCCUGUGCCUGUUCCAGUGGCAGGGAGCCAGGAGCUCCCUUCUCCCUCCUCUCCCUCUCCCUGGGCUCUGCUCGCUGCCUGGGCAGGAAAAAGGAGCACAAAUGUCCAGGAUGUCUGGGAACACUGGCCUUACAUCUCUCCUUGGACAAAGAACUUUCUCUGUUUCACUUCUCUGCGUGACACUUUGGGAUCAGUGGAAAACAAUCUGCUCUGUCCAAUCUUCCUGCCCACCCCUGUUUGCUCACAGCUGGAGGCAAUGUGGACCUUCCAGUGGUCCAGGCUGGGACCACCACAUUUACAAGUGUGGCAAGCAAAGGUUAACAUCACAUGAACCUUGUGGUAUUAUAAAUACAGAUGGCUUUUCAUUUUCAUACUGGAGAGAGUCUUGAAAAUACUAGCUGGCACUGAUUCUGAGGCAUUACAUUUGUCCUCAGUAAUAAAAGGUACUUAAAAUUCACUUUUGAGUGUUCUAACCACAAGCGGGAUAAUUACUCUGUUGCUGCUAUUAGAAAAUCGUGUAGAAAUCACUUCAUUUUCCAGCUUUUAGCAGAUGGAGCCUGUCUCACAGAGCUGGUGCUGCUGUGUGCUGGCAGGGGCUAGUUUUCAUCAAGGUUUCUGAGGAGUUCCUCACCUCCCAGGCCAGUGCCCGGCGGGUUGGGUGAGAUGAAUCCGUGGUGCCUGUGCCUUGCUGAGCCCUCCUCGGUGCUGUGUCCCGCUGAGUUUGCAGCUCGCCCUGCCCUGCAGGGGCACUUUGGGGCUGGCAGAGGUCUCUGAUCUGCCCUCCAGAGCUCCCAGCACUGUGGGGCCUCGACUGGAAAUUGAGGAGUUAGGAACGGCCCGUGGUGUCCCGAGGGAAGAAAUGGGAAGUAAAGGGGUGAGCUUGUUUUCCUGCUUUAACACUCUGCAGUUUGGCUUGUGUUUUCAUGAUUGAGUGAAUUUUGGAGUUUCUUUUUAAGCUGUCUGUCGGUCCUCGCUGCAUUUCAGAGAAGGUGGGAGCUUCCAGAAGGUGCUGUGACACCGAGGGGGGGUGGGUGGUGUGGGAGCUGGCCUCCUGCCAUCCCCUGAGGAGGAGGAUGGCACAGCUGAGUUCAGGGGGGCCAGGGUUUCCCCAGGAGUACCCAAAAGCUCAGUGAAUUCUCCCUUCUGCCGUGCCCAGACAGCUGGGGAUCCCCAAGACAGAGCAGCUCCCUUGGUUUUGUUCAUGCCACAUGUGUACAGAUCCUUGCUUUUAGCCCAACACAUGCAUUUCACAUUGACCAAGGACUUCCAUUUGAUGUAACACAGCAAAUUUGGCUGCUCCUACUGUGUGUCAUUUGCCAUAAGGAUGGAAUUCCCAUUAAAGUUCUUUCGAGGAAA